ACAAAAAGUCUGGCCAAGCGAAGAAGAAGAGAUAAUCCACAACGACAACGAUGGUGAAAGUUUUGACCUACUUUGGAAUGGCAUUGGCUGCUUUCGCCUUCUGGCAAUCUAUGGACAAAGUUGAUGUCUGGAUCGCUCUUCAUCAAGACGAAAAGCAAGAAAGAAUGGAGAAAGAAGCCGAGGUGAAGCGGGUUAGAGCAGAGCUUUUGCGGAAGGCUAGAGAGGAGUGGUCUCUUGCAUGAUCGUCGUCAGUUAUGUUUAUCAUUAUCAACUUACUAUUCCUUCACAUUUUUUUAAAAACUCUGGACCAAAAUGGAGUUUGUAUAGAACAAUAAUAACAUAUAUGCUUUUGAAUGUGGGAUGAUGAUGAUU